AUGGACUACACUGUUGCAAUUAGAAGAAGGCUAUAUCUGCUUCCUGAUAACCUUGCAAAGGACAAUCCUGAAUAUGCCAAAUCGCUUAAAAAGGGAAUUAACCCUGAUUUGGAAGAGAAACUAGAUAUGAUGUUCCAGCAAGUUACUGCAACUAGUGUUCAUGCUUGGGCACCAUCAUCUGGUGUAUUUCCACAUGAUGAUAUAGAAGUUAACAAUGUUGCAGUUCUGUUAGAUAACAAUGAUAAUUUGGCCUAUCCCAUUGAGGUCAUUGCAGGUUCUUUAGGUAAGAGGAAAAGGACACCAAAAAAACAGGUUAAUGUAGGUACUGAGAAAAAUAAUAAAGGCAAAGGUACAGGAUCAAGAAAGAUGGGAGGUGCAGCCAAGUUAUCACUACAGAUUGAUCGGAUGGUGGAAUCAAUUCAAAAUAGGAGCAUCGUGACUUUAGUAGUGAAUAAAGGUGUGUUGGGGACUUCUAUUGCUGAAGUGAUGAAAUUAAUUUCAUCUUCACCUGGGGUAGAGCCAGGUAGUCCUUUGUAG